UAUCAUUCAAACUGGACCGAAAACCUACCAGUGUAACGAACGUGAGAAAGGAUUCAGUGACCACACCAGCCUUGAACUUCAUCAGCAGGUACACUUGGGGAAGAAACGCUAUUGGUGUCACGAGUGCGGGAAGGGCUUCAGUCAGAGCUCAAACCUGCAGACUCACCAGAGAGUCCACACGGGGGAGAAGCCCUAUUCAUGCCAUGAGUGCGGGAAGAGCUUUAAUCAGACCUCACACCUGUAUGCCCACCUGCCCAUUCACACCGGAGAGAAGCCCUACAGAUGCGAGAGCUGCGGGAAGGGCUUCAGUCGUAGCACAGACCUCAACAUCCACUGCAGAGUCCACACGGGAGAGAAACCGUAUAAGUGUGAGGUGUGCGGGAAGGGCUUCACCCAGAGGUCCCACCUUCAGGCCCACGAAAGAAUCCACACUGGAGAGAAACCAUACAAGUGUGCAGAUUGUGGGAAACGCUUCAGCUGUAGCUCAAAUCUGCACACGCACCAGCGCGUCCACACUGAGGAGAAACCCUACAGGUGUGAGGAGUGCGGCAAGUGCUUCAGCCUGAGCUUCAACCUUCACAGUCACCAGCGCGUCCACACGGGAGAGAAACCCUACAAAUGUGAGGAGUGUGGGAAGGGUUUUAGUUCGGCCUCAAGCUUCCAGAGCCACCAGAGGGUUCACACAGGAGAGAAGCCGUUUCGAUGCAGUGUGUGUGGGAAGGGCUUCAGCCAGAGUUCCUAUUUCCAAGCCCAUCAGAGAGUCCACACUGGAGAAAAACCCUACAAGUGUGAGGAGUGCGGGAAGGGCUUCAGUCAGGCCUCGAAUCUUCAAGCUCAUCAGAGUGUCCACGCGGGGGAAAAGCCCUUCAAAUGUGAUGCAUGUCAAAAGCGAUUCAGUCAGGCCUCCCAUCUUCAAGCCCAUCAGAGAGUCCACACGGGAGAGAAACCAUAUAAAUGUGAUACAUGUGCCGUGGGCACAAAGCGGGUUGCUAGUUCCCAGGAGGCUGCUCAGCCCCCAGGCAACAGACCUCUUCUGGCCCCAGCCACCAACUCAGACCCAGAGAGCUUGGAGCCUGGUGGUGGAUGGCAGCAGAUCUCAGGCUGA